CCGAGCUCCACCGAUGCUAAGCUAACUACCUUUAGCCACCGGGAGCGGACAUGUUGUUCGGACCGUUCCGCGGAUAAGCGUCGCUAUAAGCGGGGAAUCUGGUGCGGAGGGGCAGGCUCGGGGGCGUCGGGCAGCCAUGGACGCCGUCAACGCCUUUAACCAGGAGUUAUUCUCCUUGAUGGACUCCAAGCCCCCGAUCUCUCGGGCGAAGAUGAUAUCCAUCACCAAAUCAGCCAUCAAAGCUAUGAAACUCUACAAACAUGUGGUCCAGAUUGUGGAGAAGUUUGUUAAGAAGUGCAAGUCUGAGUACAAGAUUGCAGGCCUGUAUGUGGUGGACUCCAUUGUUCGGCAGUCCAGACACCAGUUUGGAUCGGACAAGGACGUGUUUGGCCCAAGAUUUACCAAAAAUAUCACAGGAACAUUUGAGAACCUCUGCCUUUGCCCUAUAGAAGACAGGAGUAAGAUUGUGCGGGUGUUGAACCUGUGGCAGAAGAAUGGGGUGUUCAAGAUCGAGAUCAUUCAGCCCCUCCUGGACAUGGCUGCUGGGUCUAGCAGUGGUGCUGCCCAAUAUAUGGACACAGAUGAGCCAGGUUCUUCUCCACCUCCAGCCAAAGAGCCGGUUACUUCGGUGACGGCAAACUCCACCACGACGUCCACUGCUCAGCUGCAAAACACUGAUGCCUUCGCUGCCGUGGCUCAGCUCUUCCAGUCGUCACAGGGUCAGCAGCUUCAACAGAUGCUCCAGAACUUCCAGCAGCAGCCAGCGAAGCCAGACACCAACACCCAGCCUCCUCUCCAUACGAGCCAAACACAGGCCCAAAACAUCCCCGCCGGCCUGGGCAUGGGCACUCCACAUCCUCCCCAGCCCAGCCAGCAGAAAACCACCUUUGACAAGAAAUUGCUGGAUCGUUUUGACUACGACGAUGAACCAGAUGCUGGAGAGGACUCGAGAAAGGAUGACAUUGCAUCACAGCCCUCUUUUAUGCAGCAGCCACCGGCCUUCCCACAGCACUUUAAUCCGUCAAUGAUUAACAUGUCGCAAGACCACUCACAACAGGUUCCUCUUCCGCCUAAUGGCCAGCACCAGGCCUAUGGUUUACCAUCAGGACAAAGCUUCCCAGUUAUGAUGCCUCCUAUGGGGCACGCUCUACCAGGGCAGCCCCUCCCUGGUUCGACUGGGCUUCCAGGUUUUCCAGGGGUAUUUCCUCCCCACAAUGCAGACCAGCAACAACAGGAUAUGUCAAUGGAUGUGGACCGCUCGUCUGUGAGGGACGGCCGACAUGGCCGAAGGUCACCACACUCAGGCUCCAGGUCUCCAAAGAGGAGGAGGUCACGCUCUAAUUCUCGCACUCGGCGGUCCAGGCACCGGCGGUCCCGCUCGCGCUCCAGAGACCGCCGUCACCAUUCCCCACGCCCUCGCUCUCUGGAGCAAAGGGAGAGAGAGAAGGAGAGGGAGCGACGGCAGAAGGGCCUCCCACCGCCCAAGAGCGAGACUCUAAGCAUUUGCAGUACAACUCUGUGGGUGGGCCAGCUGGACAAGAGAACACAACAGCAAGAUGUCGCCUGUAUCCUGGAGGAGUUCGGGGAGAUAGAAUCCAUCAAUAUGAUUCCUCCACGUGGCUGUGCCUAUAUUGUCAUGAUUCUUCGUCAAGAUGCCUUCAGGGCUCUACAGAAGCUUGGCAGAGGAUCUUACAAGGUUAACCAGAAAGCCAUAAAGAUUGCUUGGGCUUUGAACAAGGGCAUAAAAGCUGACUUCAAACAGUACUGGGACGUGGAGCUGGGUGUCACCUACAUACCGUGGUCUAAAAUCAGAGAGGACCAGCUGGAGGAGUUAAAAGAAGGAGGAAUACUGGAUGGAGACACCUUGUCACCAGAGUGGAGUGGAGCCAGGAAGUCUCUGGACCAACCAGAGGAACUCACCCACAACGGCCGUUCAGAGCCACAGCAGCCGGAGGAGAUGCCAAUGUUACCAGUGCCUUCAGCAGCUGCUCCUCCUGCCCAGGUUCCUCCAAUGCAGCAGCCAAUGGUUGGCAUGGGUUCUCUCCAGCCUCCGGGCUUUCCUGGUCCUAUAGGCAUGCCCCCGCAUUCCUUCCCACCUGGCGUCCCCCCUCCUCCUUUCAUGAGACCUGGGUUCAACCCUAUGCAGAUGCCUCCAGGUUUCCCUCCCCCAGGAUCUAUGCAUCUAGGUCCCCCACCUCCUUCCCAAGGUGGACUAGAGGACCAGAACCUGGACCCAGCCGGUCUGGGCAACAGGAAAAACAAUGAGGGCCCAGAGGGUCCCAACAUCUUCAACAACCAGAUGGGUCCUAUGGGUAACCAAUUAGUUGUCCCACCAGUUGCUAUGUCAGGUAUACCUCCAGGUGGUCAUCCAGGGAACAUGCAGCCGCCCUCUGGUGGUCUGCUCGGUGCGCGGCCUGGCAUAAUCCCACUCCAGCGUCCUCCCGGUCCCCCUCUUCCACACUUGCAGCGUUUCCCUCCACCUCACGCGAUAAGACCCCCUCACCCCAACAUGCUCCCUAUGCCCCCACAGAUGAUUCCCAGGGGGCCACACCCUCAGCUGAUUCACCACGAGCCCCCUCCACCCAAAGGGGGCUUUGGGAUGCCGCCUCCCCACAGUAUUCGGGCUCCUUUCCCGCCCCAUGGGCAUGGCCCUUCUCCUCAUCAAGGUCCUCCUCCUCCUUUUGUCAGACCAGGGGCCCCUCAUGUUCAGGAAGGGCCAGAGGAAAUGGAGGAGAGACCGUUCAGGGGAGACAGGCCUGGAUUCAGGGACAGAGAGCCAGAUAGGGACAGAGACUGGGAUCGGGACAUGGACAGAGAGAGGGACAGAGGUUUUGGAGGUGGAAGGCGUCCCUUCGGUGAUGGGGGGAGGGGAGGAGGCGGUGAGAGAAUGGAAGGGAGAGGCAGGGGAGGAGGCUGGCAGGAGGACGGGGGCAAUCAGCGUGGAGGAGGAUGGGAGAGAGAUAGGGACAGAAGUCGUGACAGAGAUUGUGAUCGUGACAGAGAUAGAGACAGACGGGACUGUAGGGAGAGGCGGACCAGUCUAGACAAGGAAAGGGAACGAGGGAGAAAUGAUGAUGGGGGGAAGGAUCACGGGAAAGGGGAAGGAGGAGGAAAGGGAGAGGGAAGCAGUCGAGACAGAGCGAGAGGAGCAGAGGGAAAAGAACGGGAAAGGCCGAGGCGGGAACGGCGAGAGAGGGCCUCGCGGUGGGACAAGGAUGAUCGAUUGGCCGAAGUAGAAAACAUGGACAUACUUCGGACCUCGGACAGCACAGAGCAACCUUGUGUGACUCCUGAGGCUGCUGUGGAACCGAGUAAAGAGCCGAGCAAAGAACCGAGUAAAGAGCCGAGCAAAGAACCGAGCAAAGAGCCGAGCAAAGAGCCGAGCAAAGAACCGAGUAAAGAGCCGAGUAAAGAGCUGAGCAAAGAACCGAGCGUGGAACCUCCUCAACAAAAGGCAGAAUCAGAACCUGUUGCUGCGACAGAGCCAACGCCAUCUGAGCCUUUACCUCCAGCUCAAAGUGAACCCACGGAAACAGAACAGGAAGCAGCAUCAUAGACUGGCUCUGGCUCCGACUCCUCCUUCAGCGAAAGACUGAUACGAACCACUGAGAGACAACAGGUGGUUUCACUAUGGUUGCCAGCCUCAACUCCUGGCAGAAGAGCUGGUCACCAUUUUUCAGUUGCUAUUGGCCAUUUCUGACAAGUAACGGAUUUCUUGAAGACAAACAUCUCUGACACAUAUUAUCAAACAGGUUAAAAUGGUCAUUUGUAGUUGCAUCCAUGUCUCAAAACACAAAUCCAUUGGUUUGCAGACAGGAAACAACUGAUUUAUAUCACACAAAUGUAUUGUUACUUCACGAACCCUCAUCUCCUCACUCACUCACUCACUAAACGUUAUUUUUAAAAUAUAUUUAAAAAAUUUGCCCAAAUAUGACAAAUUCUAAAGAAGCACCAUUCUAUCUGCUGGUUUUCUCAUCUUGUUUUUCUUGUCAGCCUUUAGGAACAGCUUUGAAAGGGCUAUUAACAGACAUUGUGACUGACUCCGAGUCGUUUCACUUAAAGACAUUUCAGCAUUAACCCGCUCACCAACUAUCAAUGAAAGAAUAAGGAAAUCCAAGCUUAUUAUGGCUUUUCUCCUGUGAACUAUUUCUGGAGUAAACAGAUUAUGAUGUUGUACGAUGAGAAUCAGAGGUUGGAGUGAAUUGGAUCUACUACUAGAAGAGUUAUUGUUAUACAAAACUGACCUUGAGAACGUCCAUUUGUAAAGAAACUGAUUUCUACCCAGAUUGGCCACAGCUGUUCAAAAACAGCUGAAGUUUCAUCUUGAUGAAGUUCUCAAAACUAACAUCAACAUCAUAAAGUUGAGUGAAAUGUCAUUCAACAGUUCUCAGAUGUGUACCCUUAGUCAUUUCUUUUUUUCUCUGUCUAAAUCUCAUACUCUUUCCUAAAGGUGUAUUUUUUUCAUCAGUUAAAUAAAGAAGAAACUUUUUGUGGCUCCAGCUGAGGAAAAUCCAAUUAAAGUUCAUUUCAAUUAUUGUAACAAAAAUCCAGGGGCCAUAUUUAUGUUUAUGGUUUUUUCCUAUGUGUAGGGAAGAAGGGGGUAUGAUAUCUUGUGACUAGAUAAAAGGGCUGAAUUGUGUUUUGGAAUCUUCAUCUAUUUAUCUCAUGUAUCUCAGAAAAUUCAGAUCUAUAAUUUAGUUUUUUUUUUCCAUAUGAAAAUGCAAAAAUGAAUCCCUGAAGCUGAACAUGUUGUUGUUUUUGACUGAUAAACACAGCCUGCAAACUUAGUUUCCGUUUCACUGUAGAGAUAUUUUGUGUAAACACCCAGGUUCCCAACAAAUCCCAACUCUUGCUCCCUCAUAGAUUUCACCCAGAGGCACCACGGGCCGAACUAAUGUGAUGAAAUGAAGAAUACUGCUCGGGACACACUGCUGUAAAUAUGCUUGUAACACUGACGCUUCCACAGGUGUUAUGGUCAUUGUUGUUAAUAAUAUGCGACUCGUUAAUCAGAGACAACACGUUGACUUUGAAGGAUUAACAGAGGCCCUUUGCUUUAAGGUUUUUAACUCCUCGUGGUUUGAACGUUGACAGAUGUUUCUAUGAUUUGUUAAAAAUACAAAAGACAUGGACAGAAAAUCUUCAAUAUUUCAACCAUAGGAAUUUGUUUUUAAUAAACUAUUUUUUUACCAAA